AUGCCCUGCGCAUUUACAACGGCCCUUUAUGCACUGAUUUACAUUGGUAGGGUUGAACGAGGGCAGUCGGUCUUGAUUCACUCUGCAGUAGGUGCCGUCUGCCAAAAGCUCGGAGCACAAAUCUAUGUGACCGUGGGUAGCGAGGAAAAAGUCUACUCCUUUGUCUCUGGGAUCAUGACAGCCACAAACGGAAGAGGGGUUGACUAUGUCCUCAACUCGCUUUCUGGGGAGCUGUUGCAUGAGUCGUGGGAUUGUGUUGCUGAGUUUGGGACACUGCUUGAAAUUGGGAAACGUGACUUGAUCGGCAACGGAAAACUCAGUAUGAAUAACUUCCCUGGAAACAAGAAGCUAUCGCGCAAUUGA